GAUAAAUUUUAAUGAUUCUAAACAGAUAGCACGUCCUCAAAAUAAUAUUACGCUUCAUUUUCCCUUGGAAAAACGGUUGUUGAAGUUCUGAAAAUAGGAUGAUUUUUUCAUUAUUCAUCUCCUUUACUUUUACAUACUACAUGAAAGUUACGGAAGAAAAACGGAAGAAAAAUUAACAGAUCGUAGAAAAUGUGGCUAGUAGAUAUUUUGAGUGCUGGUUUCGGCAUAGGUUCAUGGAUUGCCAUGACUGGUUUGUGGGUAGAGCUUCCACUCUUGGUGCAGAGAUUGCCAGAAGGAUGGGCAUUGGCGUCUCAGCUCUCUUUAUUUCUUCAAGUAGCUAAUAUAGGUCCUAUACUCUACGGAUUGCUUCAUCAUUGCUGGCCAAGAUGCACGACGGAGCGAGCGGCGACGCAUUUUCAGCUGGCUGUUGGAACUUUGUCCACUUUCCUCUUGAUCUUCAUGUGGCACUGGACUUUCUUUGGACGAAGUAUACCGUUUUUCAUUCUCUCUUUUGGCCUAUCUCUCGUUGACUGCACCUCCUCUGUUGUUUUCCUUCCUUUCAUGGCAAAUUUCAGGUCCCGUUACUUAACGCCCUAUCUAGUGGGUGAGGGGGUGAGUGGCCUCUUACCCAGUCUCGUGGCCAUGGCUCAAGGUAUUGCGAAUCCAGAGUGUGUUAAUGAGACUCACACAGUUCUCGUUGAGGGAGUCAACAUCACCGAAGUCAUUCUGAUACCACUCAUCAAAGAGCCCAGAUUCGAACCUGAAUGGUUCUUCGCCAUCCUGUUGGUCAUGGUCCUACUCAGUUGGAUUGCUUUUAUUGUUUUGGAUAGGAGCCCCAGCUGCAAGAAAGAAAAAUUGAAAUACAUAAAAAAAGAACGGAAUUGCUAUGAAUUAGUAGAAGUAUGUGAAGAAAAGAAAUUGGAAGAAAAAUUGAAGAAGCAAAAUAAAUCUCGAACUGUGUAUUUCUAUUUAUUAUUCCUCCAAUUAUGGGCAUCCAUCAUUACAUUUGGUGUUUUUCCAGCAAUACAGCCUUACAGUUGUCUUCCCUAUGGAGAAACUCCGUUUCAUCUGACGGUGACUCUGUGCGGCGUAGCCUAUCCUGCCGCAUGUCUCCUGGCCAUGUUUCUGGAAGUGAGGAACAUAUCCUGGAUAUCCUGGAUGUCUGUGGUGUUCACCAUUAUUUCUGCCUAUGCCAUGAUUGCUGCCCUCCUCUCCCCUCUUCCACCUCUCCUACACUCAACACUGGGAUCCUGCUUGAUUGUAGUGUGUUGGGUUGCUUUCAUGUUUGCUUUCUCCUACAUCAAAACAAUGGUGACCAUCAUCUUAGGCGAUGACUACGGCCACAGGGCGCUCUUCUGGUGUGGAGCUGUAACACAAGGUGGCGCUGUAUUGGGAGCUUUUGUUAUGUUUCUACUAGUUAACCUGUUCGAUGUCUUUGAAGAUAAAGGGAUGUGUAUUGUUUGAUGGAAAUAUAAAUAAAUUAAUAUUAGCC